ACCAGUAAUUAUGUCUUACAAACCCCGCGCUUGAGCAGUUGAGCUGAUGAACAGUUGAACAUAACACCAACCGAAGUCACCAACCGCUGCUUCUAAGUUCUACCAUCACCUUUCUGUGCUGCAACCGGUGCUUGAAGAAUACUUUUGUUUUCUUUUUGUGGUCGACACUCGAGGAGGGAUUCAUAUUUUGGCGUAAUUUAGAGUAUCAAUUAGAUCAAAUGGCGAAUGUGACUGAUAAUUACGUCCCUGAGAUCAUUUCCUCUGUUUGAUGAAGGUGAGUCAUGGCGGCUAUCAUCGGUGCAAGAGACAACAUCUCCGCCGGGGAUAGCGGCCUAUAUUCGCCUGCCAAGGAGAAGGCGGCCACCCGAGGGGUCUACAGUAGCCGCUCGCCGCUUCUGCUCCGUCGAAUCCGGCAGUUGCUCGGAGCCGCCAAGGUUAAGCUCCUUCUCGCCUUGUGCAUUUUCUUCGCCGUUAUUUUUAUCAGCUCUAGAAUCGGUUCUCUCAUGGGAUGGAACCCUCACUACCCUUCGUCCGUUUCUUCUCCUUCUCGCAGGGGUGGGUAUACAGUGCUGAUUAACACAUGGAAGCGUAACUCUCUUCUUAGGCAAGCUGUGGCCCACUAUGCAUCUUGUAGUGGAGCUGAUGCAAUACAUGUGUGGAGUGAGAGUGAUCCACCAUCAAACAGCUUGAUAGAUUAUCUUAGGGAUAUUGUAUUUUCAAAAUCACAAACUGCACACAAGCCUAACUUCAGGUUUGAUCUAAAUGAGGAGGAUAAUCUGAAUAAUAGAUUUAAGCCAAUUGAGGACCUCAGGACAGAUGCAAUCUUUUCUGUUGAUGAUGAUGUGAUUGUUCCAUGUUAUACCCUGAAUUUUGCGUUCACUGUAUGGCAAAGUUCUCCAUCCACCAUGGUUGGAUUUGUUCCCCGCAUGCAUUGGCUGGAUGUAGGGAAGGAUGGUGUUGCAUAUUACAAAUAUGGAGGUUGGUGGUCCGUUUGGUGGAUGGGUACUUACAGCAUGGUCCUCUCAAAAGCAGCAUUUUUUCACAGGAAGUACUUGGAUUUGUACACCUUCAAGAUGCCCUUAUCAAUACACGAUUAUGUAACCAGAGAAAGAAACUGUGUAGACAUUGCAAUGUCUCUACUUGUUGCCAAUGCCACUGGUGCUCCUCCAAUAUGGGUUAGAGGGAAGAUAUAUGAAAUCUGAUCAUCAGGCAUCAGCAGUCUGAAGGGACAUAGCAAUAGGAGGAACAAAUGCCUCAAUGAUUUUAUUUCCCUCUAUGGGACCAUGCCUCUGGUAUCGACCAAUGCAAAGGUGGUGGAUGCAAGACACGAGUGGUUCUGGUAAUCAUCAAGUGACUCCCUCUGUUUUACUGGUUCUUCUUUCAAUGGAACAUCUGUUCAUCACUGUUGCCUAGUUGUUAUUUUCUCCAUGACCCCAGAAAACAAUUGUGGUGGUAUUUAUUGUUAGUUAUGCACAUAAAAGUAAAGACAAAUAUUUGCUUCAUGAGGCUCCAACGAAAUUCACACUGCCAAAAGAACCUUUGUUA